AUAUUUCUUUAAAAGCUCUUUUUUCCGGGAAAAAAAGACCAAAAAUAUGAGUGAUCAAGAUCAAAAGAAUAUAAAAAAUAUAACUAGUAAGAACAAGAAAUAUAGAAGGGAAAAACCCUGGGAUUCGGAGGAAAUUGACCAUUGGAAAAUUGAGUCAUUUGUUGCAGAUAAAGAUGCACCAUCUUUUACAGAUGAAUCUUCAUUUGCUACGCUUUUUCCUAAGUACCGGGAGAAAUAUCUGCAGGAAAUUUGGCCUCAUGUUACACAAAGUUUAAAUAAAUAUGGAAUAUCAUGUGUUCUUGACAUGAUUGUGGGGAGUAUGACGGUAAAAACGACAAGAAAUACAAGAGAUCCAUAUGCAAUUCUUAAGGCUAGAGAUCUUAUAAAGCUUCUUGCUCGUAGUGUUCCUUUUCCUCAAGCAAUUAAAAUUAUGGAAGAUGCUAUGGCAUGUGAUAUUAUAAAGAUUGGAGGGUUUUUAAGGAACAAGGAAAGGUUUGUAAAGCGAAGACAGCGUAUUUUAGGACCAAAUGGAUCUACUUUAAAGGCAUUGGAAUUAUUAACACAAUGUUACAUAAUGGUUCAAGGAAGUACAGUUAGUGUUAUGGGAGGUUAUAAGGGUUUAAAGCAAGUACGAAGAAUUGUUGAAGAUUGUAUGAAGAAUAUUCAUCCUAUUUAUCAUAUUAAGGAAUUGAUGAUUAAAAGAGAACUUGAGAAAGAUCCUCUUCUUAAAAAUGAAUCUUGGGAUAGAUUUUUACCACAUUUUAAGAAACGUAAUGUUUCAAGAAGAAAACCAAAGUUUAUUAAGGAAAAUGAAUAUACACCUUUUCCUCCUCCACAAAAUCCAAGGAAAAUUGAUCUUCAAAUAGAAAGUGGAGAGUAUUUUAUGUCUAAAUAUGCAAAAGAAAGAAAAAAGCUUGAGGAAAGGAAAGAAAAACAUAAAAAGGCUUCAGAAAAAAGAAAAAAGCAAAGGGAAAGUGCAUUUAAACCUCCUGAAGAACCUAUUUACAAAAAAUCAAAGACAACUAUUCACUAAUUCUAUCCUAACCCUGUCCUAACCCUUCACAGAUUUUUCGAUUAUU